UCCUGCAAACACGUCUGAGACUCGCAACUAAACUCUGCACAGUUUUCUCCUCACGCGCCGCCGCCGUGAGCCCAGCGGGGCGCCUCGUUCCCCCACGAGAGGACACCCGGCACUUUAGAAACACAGUGGUUGUUGUUGUUAUUGUUGUUCUAGUUCACUCUGCAGGGUCGAUGUUCCCGUCGGACUCUCUGUGUUUAUGUGUGGCCGCGCGGCGGUGGGACAUCCGGAGUGGGGGAUCCGUCGGAGGAGGACGACGCUCGCUGGUGGGCUGUUGGUAAAUAGAGCGCACCGCGCGCGCACAGAGGCAAAAGCGCACGAGAUGGACUUUAAGGGGACGAAAUUCGGAAGGUUCAUGAACUGCAGGGUCCCACCCAGUAAGAGGUACCAGCCCACUGAGUUUGAACAUGCUGCGAACUGUGCCACACACGGGUUGUGGAUUCUUCCCAGUCUGGUGGGCGGGUCCGUGCUCUACUUCCUGUCUGUGGACCAAUGGCAUCGCGUGGCUGCCUGGCUCUAUGGAAGCGGUCUCACCGGCCUUUUUGUCACCUCAACACUCUUCCACACCGCUGCUUGGAAAAUCAGCCACCGCCGGAUGGUGGAGCGCCGGUUCCACAUGUGCGACAGAAUGGCCAUCUACUUCUUCAUCGCGGCCUCCUACUCUCCCUGGCUGAUGCUGAGGGAGCUGGGGCCCUGGGCGUGCCACAUGCGCUGGCUGAUAUGGGCCAUGGCUUUCUUUGGGUCCAUGUACGUCUUCCUCUUCCACGAGAGGUACAAGCUGGUGGAGUUGCUUGGCUACGUGGCGAUGGGGGUCGCCCCCGCCCUGGUCAUCCUGUCGAUGGUGGAGCGUGCAGGUGUGUGUGAACUGGCGGUGGGAGGAGUCUUCUACGUGGUGGGCGCGGCCUUCUUCAAAAGCGAUGGCCUCGUCCCCUUCGCCCACGCCAUCUGGCAUCUCUUCGUGGCGGCGGGAGCGUGCUGUCACUAUUACGCCAUCUGGAGGUACCUGUACUUACCUGGGCCGCCGCUGCAGACGUCAAGGUGACUAGCCGCUCUCACCUGAGAGCAUCAUCAUCUUCAUCAUCAUCACGCGGUUCCACACCGCGGGACUGACUUGAGAAAAGUGAGUCUCGGUCAGGAGUGACAACGACGUAUCUGACUCAUGAGGCUCCACCUGAGGGACGGUGCUGACGGGGUCCGCCCCGACAGCUGCAGGUGACACCUGGGACCAUCAGUCAUGUCAACAUGUUAAUUAUAGAGCCGACGGAAAGCAAAUACACCUUUAAAUAUGUCAAACCCAUUCCCUUAAUCAACCAUCUCAGUCACAGAAUCUACGAUGUCCAGUCUGUGACCUCACCUGCUGACCUAGCGCGGGUUACCUGACUCCUCCCACUUCCAUGUUACAACCAGGUGAGGUGCUCUUCCACAUUGGUGCUAACCCCGACUUUAUUUUAGUUUUGUCCAUUUUGCACAGCGGCAAAAUUCAGAAAUAUAAAUCAGCGCCCUCGCUUCCACUCCAUAAACUAACACUCAUGUUCUGAGCUCGACUCAGCCCCCCCCCCCCUAAAUGAUGCACACUGGCUCUUUAAGGCAAAUUAAAAUGAUUCAAUAUUUUAGUGUUAAACCCGUUUUCUACAUGCAUUAAUCAGCUGGUUGGUUGAGUUUGUCCAAUGAGCUCCUCACGAUCACAACAUCCACGCACCCUGCAGCUGGAACGCACAACGUACCUCAAACUACGUCGUUGACUUUUGGUAUAAAUUGUUGGUUCGUGGGAUAUUUCGAACACGGCAUCGAACACGCGGGCGGCUUUAUGGCCUACGUGCUGGGCGACGCGGUGAUAUGUAGUAACAGAUGAGAUGCUUCUCCUCCAGAUUAAAGGAUACGUGGCCUCAGUAGAAGUGGUCCAUUUGUGAUUUACACUUUAUAUGAAUCUACCCAAAAAAAAGAGAAUAGUUUCAUAAUUUACCGUCACGUUAUUUGAAAGAUGAAAAGUCUAAAAGUCUUCCGGGUCAUGUUAUGUGGGUCGUGUAUGCGUUGACUUGUUUAGAAGACGAUGAUUGAGAGUUGUUUGUUUUAAGUGAUGCACUCUGAGCGGUUUCCUAUCAGCAACACAAUAUUCCCGUUACAUCCUCAGAUGACAGAGUUACACAGGGGCAUUUCAGACGCCAUUUUUAAUAUUUACAGUCUUCAUUUGUAUACUUCUUUCUCCGCUGUGUCGACCACACCCCCAGGUUCCCCAAAACCUCUCGUGGUUAACCUGUGGGCGUUUACUCAGGAAGUGAGCUUAUCUUCUUCUUUCUUAAAACAAAACAAAAAAUCAGAUGAUCUAUUUUGUAAAAUUGUAUUUUCACUGAAUUAAAGAAUAAUCAUGAUAUUAUUACACGA